AGCUGAGCACAGGCACCUCCAAGUAUCAGCCCCUCCAGCCUCUGUGAUUGGCUGCUCUGCUGAGUCUUAUACACAGGGAGUACAUGAAACUCCCAGCUGUCAGUCUCAGUGAGUCCCACACAUCCCAACAUCAGCACCACCAGCUGGCAUCCCCGCCACGAUGAUGGAGAGCACUAUCUUCGAGAUUUUCAUAGACGAAUUUGAUGCCAACUGCAGCCUCUUGGAUGCUUAUCAGGAUUCCUUCCUCACCAUCAAUCACACCUUCCUGCCCUUUGAUGGUCCUCACUGCAUUGCCACCAUAGACCAGAUUGGCACCUGCUGGCCACGCAGCAUCGCCGGGGAACUAGUGGAGAGACCCUGUCCGGAUUCCUUCAAUGGGAUCAAGUAUAACACUACCAGGGCUGUUUUCAGAGAAUGUUUUGAGAACGGGACUUGGGCCUCCUGGAUGAAUUAUUCCCAGUGUGUUCCCAUCCUGGAUAAGAGGAAGCACGAUCUGCAUUAUAAGAUCGCUCUUAUUAUAAACUACCUGGGGCACUGCAUCUCCGUGCUGGCGCUGGUCAUCGCCUUCCUGCUCUUCCUGUGUUUAAGGAGUAUAAGAUGCCUUCGGAACAUUAUUCAUUGGAAUUUAAUCACGACCUUUAUCCUCCGGAAUAUCAUGUGGUUCCUCCUUCAGAUGAUUGACCACAACAUCCAUGAGAAGAAUGAGAUCUGGUGUCGAUGUAUAACAACGAUUUACAAUUACUUUGUGGUCACCAACUUCUUCUGGAUGUUUGUGGAAGGCUGUUACCUCCAUACUGCCAUAGUGAUGACCUACUCCACGGACAAGCUGCGCAAAUGGGUCUUCCUCUUCAUAGGAUGGUGUAUCCCGUGCCCGAUAAUAAUCGCCUGGGCCAUCGGAAAGCUGUGCAAUGAAAACGAACAGUGCUGGAUCGGGAAAGAGCCGGGAAAAUACAUUGAUUACAUCUACCAAGGGCCCGUCAUCCUGGUACUUCUUAUCAAUUUUGUUUUCUUAUUCAACAUAGUGAGAAUAUUAAUGACGAAGUUAAGAGCGUCCACCACCUCAGAGACCAUACAGUACAGGAAAGCAGUUAAAGCCACUCUAGUCCUCCUCCCCCUGCUCGGGAUAACAUACAUGCUUUUCUUUGUGAACCCGGGAGAAGACGACGUCUCUCAGAUCGUCUUUAUUUAUUUUAAUUCUUUUCUUCAGUCUUUUCAGGGCUUCUUUGUAUCAGUAUUUUACUGUUUUUUGAAUGGGGAGGUCCGAUCGGCUGCCAGGAAGCGAUGGCACCGCUGGCAGGAUCACCAUUCUCUCCGCGUCCGCGUGGCCCGCGCCAUGUCUAUACCAACGUCUCCCACGCGGAUCAGCUUUCACAGCAUAAAGCAAACGGCGGCUGUUUGAAUAUCACGGACCUCUGGAGCUUUUUGCGACUUUUUUAUUUUAUUUCCUAGAUUCUUCACUGUGACGUGUCAGUGAACAUAUCCUACCUUUGUCCCCGGAGCUUCACGGCAGGGGCAUGCUCAGAACAAAAAACAAAAAAAGAUCCACGGCUGAGUGCUCGUGACGUGGGAUUCAGUAUUGUAAGCACAACAUUGGAGACAUCUCGUUUUGGAAGAUCUACGCAAUUAUAUUUAGCGGACAGAUGGUUUAGACAGAAUCCAUUUCAACCCACGUCUCAGAAGAAAAGGCUGAAGAUGGUUUUAAAAUGGACCUUGC